CCUCAAGUUGACCACCGGCCAUUAACAUCGAUUCUGAUUGUGAAAAGGCUUUCCCUUGCUUUGACGUUACCUCCCCUCUGCCUUCUGGUGAGUUUCGUCCUCCUUCUCUUAUAUAAGAAAAUAAGGAUUGACAGAGAGACGGGAAAGAAUCAACAGAAGCCAACAGCGAGAAAUUUGGGGAGUUGUCUACCUGCUUCCAGCGUCUUCCCAUGUAUCCGAGGGUGAGGGUGAGGGUGGAAGAUGAUGAUCCAGCCUCAGAUGCGGAGGUAGAAAACCAGUUACCAUUGGAGAAAUUCAAAUCCAUUCCUGUGGAAAGUUUUUGCUCGGACGGAAAUGGACGUGGUACUGAUUGCCCACAAUAUUAUGCUAUGGCACCAAAAUCAUACCCAACACUUAAAGUCUGUUCCACGAUUUCAUCUACUCCCACAAGCGAAGACAAGCAGAACCAGGAAAAGAAUGUAGAAAACAAGCCGAAGCACGACCAAGAAAAUAGCGUGGAGGGCAAACCUCAAAUAAGAGCUAGUUUGGUGCCACGCCCUCGUGCUGUAUUGUCCAGUCCUGUUAACGACCAAAAGAUAGGAAGCAAGAAUCAGUUGUCCCAAUCAAAGAGACCAGUUUUGAAGAAGAAUGAGCCAAGUCAAAAUCCAGUUUUACAAGAAAAAGUUAAUCCCAGAAGGACUCAAUCUCAAAGCUCAGUUAGCUCAAUAAAAGGUGCAAGAGCAUCCGUUACAACCACCCGUACCAGGAAGAAGGACGGAUCUGAGCCAAAAACUUCAAAGCAAGAAGCUUUCACAGGAAAAGCCAAGCCAAGAACAUUACACAGCUGAGUAUCUGGUAGUAUCUGGUAGCUUUUUCCAUCAUGUAGACCUUCCCAAUUGAAUUGUUUUUCCUUGUGCGCUUGAGUCCUCGCAACAAGUUUUGUUGUGUCAAUGGUCUCAUGAUCAGAGUAGAUAAUUUUAAGCAUGCGUAACAGUCUGUAAGAGCCACAUUAUGUGGAAAUGGUCUGUAGAUUGGACAAACGGAAUGGUAAGGAUUGCCAGAACAUUAAACCACUUUAA